AUGUGGGGGACGCCGGGAGCUGCGGUGCGGAGCAUCCGUCCCUACCAGUCCAGCGAGCAGUACCUCUACGCCAUGAAGGAGGACUUGGCGGAGUGGUUGAAGGAGCUGUACGACCUGGAUAUCGAGGUGGGCACCUUCGUGGAGGUGCUGGAGACAGGGGCCGUGCUCUGUUCCCACGCCAACAAUGUCACCCACGUGGCUGGGGAGUUUGCCCGUGCCUUCCCUGGUGUUGCCUGCCACCUCCGCCUGCCUGCCGCCGGCGUCGCCUGCAACCUCACGGCACAACCAGGCACCUUCCAGGCCAGGGACAACGUCUCCAACUUCAUCCAGUGGUGCAGGAAGGAGAUGGAUAUUAAAGAUGUCCUGAUGUUCGAGACGGAGGACCUGGUGCUGAGGAAGAAUGAGAAGAACUUUGUGCUGUGCCUGCUGGAGCUGGCACGCCGCGCUGCCCGUUUCGGCAUGCGUGCCCCAACCCUUGUGCAGAUGGAAGAGGAGAUCGAGGAAGAGCUCCGCCAGGAGCUGGACCUGCUGCCUGCAGACACCCCCCUGCCCCAGCCCCCCAGGAAACCACGGGACCUCCACAACCUCGACCAGAUGGUCCAGCACCUGGUGAGCCGCUGUACCUGCCCCAUCCAGUUCCCCAUGAUCAAGAUAUCCGAAGGGAAAUAUCGCGUGGGUGACUCUGACACCCUCAUCUUUGUCCGGAUCCUGAGGGAACACGUCAUGGUGCGGGUCGGGGGCGGCUGGGACACGUUGGAGCACUACCUGGAUAAGCACGACCCGUGCCGCUGCACCUCGCUCUGUGAGUCCCCACGUCCCCAAAUCCCAUGGACGCGGGAGCCACUGGUCACCCCUUCAGGGAUGCAGCCUCCAGCGUCCAGGUCGCCUGCUCGACCCAGCUCCCCCAGCCGCAAUGGUGGGGUGACACGCCGGCCACCCACCCCUUCCCGGCCGGCCCUCGGCACACAGGACAGCGUGGGGGUCCCCCAGGCGCUGCGUGGGAGCACCCCGGGGAAAACCCCCGUGGUACGGGCACAGGGCAAGCCCACGGCACCCAGCACCCGGCUGACACCGGCACCUCCAAAAAGCACCCGGCAAGGAGGCAAAUUGUCCGUGGUGGCUGCCAGGGCACAGGAAAGGGGGGUCCCCACCUCGUCGGCAUCCCGUGCCCCCAGCCCUGUCAAGGUCUGUGCCCCAUCCCCGCACCGGGAUGUCUGGCGAAACUCACAGAGCCGGAAAAUCCCACGGGAAGGGAAGCGGGGAGCCCUUGGCCGGGACCAACCGCCCUCAUCCCAAAAUUCCUCCAGCCAGCCUCCGAAACAGGACAGCAGCGUUAAACCCUCCAUCAAAGCCAGCCCGGCUGUCUGCCCACCUCCCACCCCUUCGGCCCAGUUUCCCGGUGGCACGCAGCCCGGGGCCAAGCCCUCGCCGGCCGACAGCGGCGCCUGGCUGACCGAGGAUGACGAGGAGGCGUGGGUCUGA